AGGAAAAUGUGUUGUUCAAAAUAUUUAAGAUUUGCAGUAUUUUUAUGUGCUUGUAUAAUGUGGUCUCAAGGAUUUGCAGAAGAAGUUCCCAAGAAAUCGAAUGGCGUCUCAACUGUUGAACUGAUAAAACUUUUAAAUGUUGAGGAUGAGUUAGUGGAGAACCUUAUGGAUUACUUAGAAAUAUUGAAGAACAAACUGCUUUUGAUGGAAAAAUCCCUAAUUACCAUGAAUGCCGAGCACACCGAAAUGAAGACUGACUAUGAAGCGUAUUUGGGAAAUCCUCUGAACAGCUUUCGGCUGAUACAUCGUCUAAAUUCGGAUUGGAGCAAAUGGCACGAUUAUGCGCUUAGGACUAAUAAGGAUACAUCAGUUCACAUGGAGAAGGCACACGAUAUAAGAAAGCGUUUACCUACAGCGUUCGAUUUUGAAAUUGCCUGUCGUGGCAUUGAUGACCUGAUGUGCUUUUAUAAUCUCAAGCCGGAUGACCUGGCAGCUGGUAACUUGGCUGCUUACUCAAAGCCAGAAACAGCACUGUCAGCUCAGGAUUGCUUAUCCCUGGGUGAGUUCAGUAUCCGACAUAGAAAGGAAGAUCUUGCCGAGGCUUGGUUUAACACCUCCUUGGCUCGAUUCACUGAGGAUAAGCUGAGCUACAAGGCCUUAAAAUUUAGCAGAAACACUGUGCACAAGGCUUGGGGACUGCUUUUGAUGAAGAACAAGCAGCUGACUGAGGCCUCUUAUCACAUCGACAGGGGUCCAAGGGCCCCAAUAAGCCCCAACUCUGUAGACUAUUACUUUCAGGUGGAGUUGGCCACCCAGCGAAACUGCAGUGCUGUCUACAGAAGACCAAGUCGACUCCACUGUCGCUAUAACAGCUCUACGACUGCUUUUACGCGGAUCGCCCCUCUGAAAAUGGAGGAGCUUAGUACCGAUCCUUACAUGGUGGUUUUCCACGAUGUUUUAUACGACAGCGAAAUUGAAUCGAUGCUAAACCCCAGCGAGUUCGUCUCGUCCCUUGUGGAUGGGGACCAGAAGUCCGAUGUGAGAACCUCCAAGGACUCAUAUGUAGACGAUGUCGAUAAACUAGAAUAUCGUGUGGCGGAUUUGACAGGCUUAAGUAUGGAAAUGAGCGAUGCGUUCUCGCUGAUUAACUACGGCUUGGGUGGCCAUUAUAUAUCGCACUACGAUUACUUUAACAUGGAAAAUCAGAUUCGACAAAGGCAAGGGGAUCGCCUAGCCACUGUCUUGUUUUACCUAGGAGAGGUUGAGUCAGGUGGGUCCACUAUAUUCCCGAUGAUAAAUGUCAGCGUUACGCCAAAGAAGGGAUCGGCGCUCUUGUGGUAUAAUCUGCACAACUCUGGCGACAUGAACUUGAAGACCCUUCACUCAGCCUGCCCAGUGAUUAGUGGUUCUAAAUACGUGCUCACCAAAUGGAUAAACGAAUUGCCCCAAAUGUUUACCACUCCUUGUAUGAAAAAUGCAAACCUUCACACCGAUAAAAGUAUUGUAAGCCUUUAAAUACUUGUAAUAUACCUGAAAACCAGUAUAUAAUAAAUUGGAAAUUGAUUGCAAA